CCCACCCACACCCACACCCACGCACGCACACCCACCCCGCACCCACACCCCACCACCCACACCCACACCCCAAACCACUCACCCACAGUCACACACUGAUCAGAUUCAUUUUUGAUAGGGCUCAGUUUAAACUGAGUAGCUUUAUUUGCAGUACAUUAUGACUGGUGCUUACGGUGUCCAUGUACUAGUGGAGCGGUGAUCGGUGGCCCGAUGGCACGGCUAACUGGCGGACCGAUGAGACCGGUGAACGAGGAACCGUUGACUAAUCACACCGGUGGCCACCGUAACCAUCCCAUCCCUAGAAUAAAGGAUGCAUACAAACUUUUAACUUAUUAAAUCAAUACAAUUUUUGCUCAAAGUUUAGAAUUCUAUAAAGAAUCUGCUGACAUCUUUUUAUUCUUGACUGUAUUUGUCAACGAUCUUCUUCGUUCCUUAUCUUUCCUCGGUUUUUUCAAAGUCGUUUGCUUUCUUCUCAGUCUCACAUGUUUGAGCAGAAAUUAAAAAGACACAAUUGACAUUAUAGAUUUAAAUGAAAGUUAAAUUUAGUCAAAAAUUUGAAUGUCAUUACGGGAAUAUCGAUUGGGAGCCUGUUACGAUUGGUGAAUCUGGUGCACAAGUCUAUCGCAAUGAUACAUUCGUAUUAAAAAUCCAGAGGAUAGCAAAGCGACAAAGUCUUUUGCAGGAAAAAUCGAGAAUUGAAUGGUUAAAAGGAAAAAUCUCUGUGCCAUACAUUAUUGAUUAUCAAGUAGACGAAACCUUUGAAUAUUUAUUAAUGAGUCGUUUACGUGGAAUAGAUGCAGCUCAAACCAAAUGGAAAAAUGAUCCAAUUAGAUUAGUCCAUCAAUUGGGAUCUGCACUUCGACAAUUUCAUGAUAAAAUAGAUAUUAAAAACUGUCCAUUUGAUGAGUGUGUCAAUCAGAAACUAAAAGAAUGUCUUGAUCGAGAAGAUGCAAAUGAUCAGUUGAUUGCUGAGUUGUUUGCAAAUGCACCACAAGAAGAAGAAGAACUUGUUUUUACACAUGGUGAUUAUUGUCUACCAAAUAUAAUUAUCGAUGAAGAACAAUGUUGUGUUGUUGGUUUUGUCGAUCUUGGACGUGCUGGAAUGGCUGAUCGAUAUAAUGAUAUAGCUCUUGCUCUAUGCAGUAUUCAAUAUAAUCUUGGAAAUGAUUAUAGUCACAUUUUUCUUGAGGGAUAUGGACUGUUCUCCAGUUGGGAUGAAAAGAAAAUUGAUUUUUAUCAGAAACUUGAUCAAUUGUUAUAA